AUGCGUAUCAACACUUACACUUUUGCAGCACUCGCGGCCAGCGCCAGCGCACAGUGGACGGGAUGGGCAAAGGACCAGGUCAACACCAGUAUCUGCAUAUGGACGCUACCAAGAGCUGCGCUUGUUCGCGACACCGUGUACCUGGAUGGCGGAGAGAUAUGGUGGUCGCGCGGCCUGGCCGAUGGCCGAUAUGAUCCCGCAUCCGAUACGGGCAACUUCCAGGGCCAGAUCUUGACAUACAAUUUCAGCAAUCCCUUCGAAGCAAAAGAUAACACGACAGGCAUCUUACUGAACAAUACCAUCUCAAAGGCUCGAGGUGGAUCUGGCAAUGCCAACCGCGCACCGAACGCCGUGGAUGGCGGCAUGUUGGCGAAUGACUACCAGUUCUACAUGUACGGAGGCGCUGUCCUCGUCGUCCCUGAGCAGUACGAUGCGCCCGAGGAAGACGACAUUCUCGGCUAUCAAGUGUACCAAUACGGGCCGGACAAACCUGCGUGGCAGCGUGGUUUUGAUGAGCCCAAGCUCAACAAUAAUGUCACCCGCUACGUUGCCUACGGCGCGGCCGUCAGUGCGCCCUCGGAGAACAAGGCGUGGUACUUUUCAGGUUUGACGACGAAGAAUCACACCGAUAUUUGGGUCAACCCAAACGUAGACGAAGCAGAACUCGCCAGAGAAACAUCCGACAGACUAAUCGAAGUUGAUAUGAAAGUCCAAACUUCCUUGGAGUGGUCCAACAGCUCCCUUUCUAGUGGUGUUGAAGGACGCUCGAACGCGGAAGCUGUCUGGGUGCCUGUUGGCGAGAAGGGUAUCUUGGUCGUCCUUGGAGGUGCCACCCACCCAUACUGGGCCAGCUUGACGCAAAAAUCGAAUGACCAGGAGUCCAGUGAAGACGAAAGCCCCGAAUUCAUGAAGACGAUUGACAUUUACGACGUUGCGGGCGGCGAUUGGUACAAGCAGACCACGGAAGGCGGUCCCGGCACACGUGCUCGAGGCUGCGCAGUGGUUGCUGUCGCGCAGGACUCUUCCAGUUACAACAUCUACUACUAUGGGGGCAACGACGGGCUGCACCCUCGUGAGCCCUUUUACGAUGAUGUCUGGGUCUUGUCCCUGCCUUCCUUCACUUGGACGCAGUUGAACAGGGGCGAGGAUAUCCAUGCUCGAGCGGGGCACAAGUGCUUCAAGCCUUACGAUGACCAGAUGAUGAUUAUUGGCGGCGAGACUGCCAAGGCUGGCACCUCCAUUUCGUGCCUCAAAGAUGGUCCCAUUGUCAUGUUCAACCUCACGAGCGGCGAAUGGAUGGAUUCGUACCAUCCAGAUGAGUACGGUGCUUACGGCGUGCCUGACAAGGUUCGGGAUACAAUCGGUGGCGAUGCGACUGGCGGGGCCACCAUGACUGCCCCUGAGCCCUCGGGUUGGGAUGAUGAUGGGCUGGAGAGCAUCUUCUCCGAGACAUAUGACAUGUCCAAGAUCUCGACCUGGGGGCCGUAUGCAGCUGAAUCUGAACAGACCGGCCGGCCUGAACUGCCAAACGACGGAGAGGAUGUCGGCGGAGAUGGUGGUGGUGGCGGUCUACCUAGCUGGGUCGCCCCCGUGCUCGGUGUUGUUCUCGGUUUGAUGGCUGUCACGGGACUCCUUGUCGGAUGGUGCUUGAUGCGCCGUCGGGGGAUGUUCACAAGCCCUUCCAGCGACUACGGCACAGAGGAUCCUGGCAAUCGCAUCGUGUCGUGGAUCAAGGGUCAACCUACGGAGAAGGCGCCGACGGCGACCACAUCCGACUAUGCGCCCCUGAGCCCCCACAUGGUGGAAGUCAAAGCCGAACCCAUCGCGCCGCAGCCCAUGCACUCGCCGCCCCCGACGACCGUCGAGGCCGCGGGUACACCCAUCGCCGAGCUUGACGACACCUCGCCGCCUGCCGAGCUCUCCGGCACGGGGCUGUCCCACAGCGAGGUGAUCGAGAAGCACUCACGUGUCGCUGGAGCUGGCACGGCAUCGCAGCAGCGCACGUUGUCACAGUCGUCCUUCAACACGACCAACUUUAGCGGUGCCAGCUCCCUAUCGCGGUCGUCCGCGGGCGACCUCGAGUCGCCGGCCAUCCCAGUGUCACCCGAGCCGGGACAACAAGCGAGCUUUGGCCAGCAUCAGCACAUGCGCUCCAUGUCUGAAGCGAUGGAAGGCUACGAGUCGCGCCCCAGUCCUGGGGAGAGGCGUGUCAGCGAUCAACUGAGUCCCAUAUCACCUCCCACAGCGGGCGAUGCACCUGCUGACGAUUACCUUGGUGCGCGGACGGCAAUGGUCAGUCCUCUCCGAAGAAGCAUUUUCCGUGAGAACGAGGACGAUCUAGUCAAGGACAAAUGA